AUGCACGUUGGGAAAAUUCUGUACACCUUGUUUUAUGCAUUGUUCCUACUUUUGUUUUUCGUCCAUGUUUUACGACUUUUUUUUUUUUUUUUCAAGUCGAUAUCUACAAAAUGCUUCAGUCUUUUCUUAACUGGGUUCUUUGACUUCUAUCCACAGUUUUUUUUUCUUUUUUCUUCCUUUCUUGUUUAUUCUUUUCUUUCUUUAUUUAUUUAUAACACUUAUUUUGUCAUACAUUUUCAAUAUCGUUGUUUCAUUCUUAUUCACAUGUGUGUUACUGUUUUUUUGUUGUUGUUUUUUGUUUUUUCUGAUUCUUUCUUUCUUGUCUGCUCUUCUUUUUUUCUUUCUUUCUUUUUUCUUUCAUCUUCCGUUCGGCUUCGUAAGCCAUUCUUAACACAUCAUCAAUUUACAAUUUUUCUUUAUUAUUUUUCAAUUUUUUUUUCUUCACAUUUUUUUCCCAAUUUCUUUUGUAUCGAUUUAUUUACGUCUUCUUCCCGCAUUCUCUUUAAUCAUCGUUAUUUUAUCAUUUUACGUCAUUUUUUAUUUCCUUCCUUGACAAUCAUGUACUUUUCUUCUUCUUCUUCUUCUUCUUUUUAUUAUUAUUAUUAUUAUUAUUAUUAUUAUUAUUAUUAUUAUUCCUCUUACUCAUUUUCCUCUUUUUCUUUUUCUAUUUCCUCUUCCUCCUCUUCUUCUUCUUCCUCUCCUCCUCCUCAUCCUUCUUCUUUUUCUUCUUCUUCUACUACUCUUUCUUUCUUUCUUUCUUCUUCUUCUUCUUUUUUUUCUUCUUCUUCUACUACUACUACUUCUUUUUUUUCUUCUUCUUCUUCUUCUUCUUCUUCUUCUUCUUCUGCUUCUUCUUCUUAUCCUCAUCCUCCUCCACAUUUUUUUUUCUUCUUCUUCUUCUUCUUCUUCUUCUUAUUAUUAUUAUUAUUAUUAUUAUUAUUAUUAUUAUUAUUAUUAAUCCUCUUCCUCAUUUUCCACUUUUUCUUUUUCUAUUCCCUCUUCCCCUUCGUCCUCCUCUUCUUCUUGUUCAUCUCCUCCUCCUCCUUCUCUUUCUUCUUCUUCUUCUUCUUCUUCUUCUUCUUCUUCUUCUUCUUCUUCUUCUUCUUCUUCUUCACUCAUUAUUAA